GACUAGCUGAAUAACAAAGUUCGGUUUUAAGGUGGGAUUAAUGAAUAAUCAGAUGGUCACCAUCCUGUGGAUGAAGCUCUGAAGCAUGGCUGGAAAACAAGUUGAUUAGCCAAGAGUUUACUUUACUCUGCUCUCCAUAUUCCACGAGAAAAGUUUCUUCUACAGUGACCACACCACGAAAUGAGGCUCAUUGGCAGGGUGGUUAGCUUGAUCUGUCUGGGAAGGUUCGAAAGGAGACCAUGGCAAUGGAUGCUAACUCUUUCUAUAGCAGGUGCUAUGGUCUAUGCGCUAAUCAGAGGACACUGCUCUCCGAAAACCACCCGGACUGUAUUAAACGAAGAAGGUAAGGCACUGGAGAUCAGGUCGGAAACACUUACAGUUAGCACGACGAUGAAUGGAAACACCUCGAGUGAAACAACCACUCUGCCAACCACGAUUGCUCGUCAUCGUAUAAAGGCUAUUGCUGAAGAGAGAGCUUCAAAAAGAGUCAAUGCGACUUCCCAAGUACUGGGAUAUCUCAGAAUUGCAUACGAUGAUGUUGAUGUUUGGGAUAAUUUACAUCAGUACAAAUUCUCAAUGAACUCUAACAACUGUAAGGGCUGGACCUCCAUAGUGGUGAUAGUGCAUACUGCCCUGUGCAACGUCAAGAAGCGACAGAAAAUCAGGAACACCACCAGUGUAGGUGACACUAAACAUGGAUCAGUAUUGACUGUUGUUUUCUUAGUGGGGCAAACUAACAAUGCUUCAUUACAGACAGAAGUUGCAAAAGAAUCACAGAAAUAUCAAGACAUGGUGCAAGGGAACUUCAUAGAUUCUUACCAAAAUCUGACCCAUAAACACAUUAUGGGCUAUCAUUGGGUUCUCACUCACUGCAAUAAUGUAAAGUACGUCAUCAAAAUGGACGAUGAUGUCGUUAUUCAUGUUGCAAACGUGUUGAGGUACCUGUUGUCGAACCCUGUCCCUGAGGGGAAUAUUAUGUGCUUCGUUGUACCUCGGGGCAAAAAGGAAAUAAAAGGAAAGUGGGCCAUUUCCAAAAAGGAGUAUCCGUUCUUGACGUUCCCUACAUAUUGUACAGGAUUUGCCUACAUGACAACACUGUCAGUUAUCAGGAAUCUACACACAGCUUCAACUUACAUUAAGUCAAUAUGGAUUGAUGAUGUGUAUGCUACCGGAAUUCUAGCACUUGCAUCCAAAACUAACCUGAUAAAGUUUCCAAAAGAACAAUAUUUUAAUGGGUUGUCUAAACCACCCGAACGUUAUAAAACAGAAGGGAUGUUCGUAUUGUACCGUGAUUGACUAGGAUACCUCUAACGUAAGGAGAGUUAUGUAUAGCUGCGAGAAUAUGAAGAGUUAUGUACAGAAGUUGGGCGAAAUGGUCCACAGGUGAUGCUGCCAUCAUUAGAAGAGUUAGGUACAGAAGGGGGCGUGUCGGUCUGCAGGUGAUGUUGCUAGCAUUAGGAGAGUUAUGUACAGAAUGGGGUGUGUCGGUCUGCAGGUGAUGUUGCUAGCAUUAGGAGAGUUAUGUACAGAAGGGGGCGUGUCGGUCUGCAGGUGAUGCUGCUAUCAUUAGGAGAGUUAUCUACAGAAAGGGGCGUGUCGGUUUGCAGGUGAUGUUGCUAGAAUUAGGAGAAUUGUGUACAGAAGAGGGCGUGUCGGUCUGCAGUGGAUGUUGCUAGCAUUAGGAGAGUUGGGUACAGAUGGGGGCGUGUCGGUCUGCAGGUGAUGCUGCUAUCAUUAGGAGAGUUAUGUACAGAAGUGUGCGUGUCGGUCUACAGGUGAUGUUGCUAACAUUAGAAAAGUUAGGUACAGAAGGGGGCGUGUCGGUGUGCAGUGGAUGUUGCUAGCAUUAGGAGAGUUGGGUACAGAAGGGGGCGUGUCGGUCUGCAGGUGAUGCUGCUAUCAUUAGGAGAGUUAUGUACAGAAGUGUGCGUGUCGGUCUACAGGUGAUGUUGCUAACAUUAGAAAAGUUAGGUACAGAAGGGGGCGUGUCGGUGUGCAGUGGAUGUUGCUAGCAUUAGGAGAGUUGGGUACAGAAGGGGGCGUGUCG